GGGAGGACCCUGGGAUUGGGAGAAAUGGGGAUAGAUGGGUGACUGGACUCAGGACCUCUGGGUGGUAGAGAUGCACGGGAGUCCUGGGGAUGUCAGGCAGCAGGAAUCUCGGGGCUCUUGCUGGGAUAAGACACUCUCCUGCCCAGGGAGAGGUCAGAGGGGAUCAGAAGGGCUGGGGGAGCCCUAAGGAGGUCUGUGGCCCAGGGGGCCAGCUGCUUGGCUCAAGGAUCGCUGUGGGGCUGUCGGGGUGACGGUCCCGGCUGUGUCCUCCCCCAGAGUGGCCCUGUCCAGAUCAUGGACCCUGAGGUGUCUUUGCUGCUGGGGUGCCCCCCAGGUGGGCUGCCAGAGGAGCAGGUACAGGCUGAGCUGAGCCCAGACCAUGACCGUCGCCCACUGCCAGGAGGGGACAAGGCCAUCGCUGCCAUCUGGGAGAGCCGGCUACAGGCUCAGCCCUGGCUCUUUGACGCCCCCAAAUUCCGUCUGCACUCCGCCAUCUUGGCCCCCACUGGCUCACAGGGACCACAACUGCUCCUGCGCCUGGGCCUGACUUCCUACCGAGACUUCCUGGGCACUAACUGGGCUGGCUCAGCGGGGCAGCUGCAACAACAGGGCGCCACUGACUGGGGUGACAAGCAAGCCUACCUGGCAGACCCGCUGGGGGUUGGCGCCAUGCUGAUCACAGCAGAUGACUUCUUUGUCUUCCUGCGUCGCUCUCGGCAGGUGGCAGAGGCACCUGGGCUGGUGGAUGUGCCCGGGGGGCACCCUGAGCCUCAGGUGAACGUGCCACUGUCCACUCUGAGCCAGCCACUGCUGUUGGGCAUUGCCCGCAAUGAGACCAGUGCCGGCCGCGCCAGUGCUGAGUUCUAUGUCCAGUGCAGCCUGACUUCUGAGCAGGUGAAGAAGUACUACAUGGGUGGGGGAGCUGAGGCCCACGAGUCUACAGGAAUCAUCUUUGUGGAGACACAGAGGGUACGGAGGUUGCAGGAGACCGAAAUGUGGACUGAGCUCUGCCCGUCGGCUAAAGGUGCUAUCUUCCUCUACAACCAAGUCCGGGGAAGUCCCACCUGAGUCGCCCGAGGGUCCCCAACCCUAGCACGACUUGGAAGACAAUAAAGGGCUUUAUUCUUGGA